CACUCGCAGUGCUUUUGUUUUCAAAAUUGCGCGCGUAGGCCGUCACGGUGUACUACUUGUGCGUUACUUCAAGCUGUAGUUGCCUUUAUCUCGUUAGUUACCGAAUACUGGAGCUGAUUUUUCAGGUCCGUGCUUCGCAUUGCCUCAGCACUUCAAUCUCAGACUUUCAUGGAGCUUUCAGCGGAAGGUAUGAAGCAUACUAGCAAGAAAAAGAACAUUUCCAAAGCUACCCACCAGAAAAUAAAAAAGAGCAAGACCGUGAAGGCAAAAGAGGAUCACGACAGCUCUGAGAAGAUGAAGCAUACCAGCAAGAAAAAGAAUAUUUCCAAAACUAGCCACCAGAAUAUAAAAAAGAGCAAGACCGUGAAGGCAAAAGAGGAUCACGACAGCUCUGAGGAGAUGAAGCAUACCAGCAAGAAAAAGAAUAUUUCCAAAACUAGCCACCAGAAUAUAAAAAAGAGCAAGACCGUGAAGGCAAAAGAGGAUCACGACAGCUCUGAGGAGAUGAAGCAUAUCAGCAAGAAAAAGAAUGUUUCCAAAACUAGCCACCAGAAUAUAAAAAAGAGCAAGACCGUGAAGGCAAAAGAGGAUCACGACAGCUCUGAGGAGGAUGUUGAGCGUGUUCCAGAUAGUCAAAGUAGUGAAGCACAGACUAAGAAAAAAGCAUCUACAACAGCUCCUCGCAGCAGGAAGAAAGGGAAACAAUUGAAACAUGUGUCUCAAACCACGAAGGACUACCUAAGCUCCACUUUUGACUAUGUUGUACUCUCAGUUAUUGUUGGGAAUCAGAAGAAUGCAACAGAAGUGCAGGAGCAUUUCAGAAUCAUGAAAGACAGGUUUUUUAAUCUUUGCUCAAAGCUGAUGGUUCCACCUGAUAACCUGGGAAAUCUUAAUCAGACCCGACAUUGGUAUUUUCUUGAGAAGCAGAAGCUGAAUUCUGCUCAGGAAAUGUUACAGACAGUAGAGGCAGACUGUAAAAAAGUGUUUGACACCCUGGAAGAUAUAACUGGAAAAAAUGAAUCACUUGAGGAGAAGAUUAGAAUUUUGCGUGAUCAACUGGAGGAGUUGGAAUCUGAAAGCCAAGAGAUUUUACAGAGCUCCGAAAACACUGAGCUUCACCUUCCACCUUUGCCAGCGAGAAGCUUUACUGGGCCAACGUUACAGGAGGAAAUGUCAGAUAUACAGAACCCACAGGAAGUUCUCCAAUUGCUGAAUGCCGUUCAGGGUAAUACGGGGGUGCAGGACAUGCUGGCAUUUCUGGCGGAGGCCCAGAGCAUUGCUGAUAAACUUUGACCUGCAGUGCAGGGCUGCUUUACUAAACUUGUGAUAACUUAAGUCAAGGUAGCGAAAUGAUCAGUACAGAUGAGUGCAGUAAAUAAGUAUUUUUUUUGGUAUUA